AUGAAGUUUCAAAGUGCUGUCCUCUUGUCCUUGGUGGCAGCAGUGACUGCCAAGUGGUCCUCCAAUCUAAACUAUCGUUCUCCUUCUGAACAUCAUCCUUUUCUAGGUAUCGCCAUUCAUAAAGUCGUCAAACGAACCGUGGAUGCUACUUCAUUCAAUCCCAGCCAGUUGAACUUCACACAUGGCGUUGCAAGUGGUGACCCAUACCCAGACUCAGUGAUUCUGGUUCUCACGGUUACUGGAUUGGUCCCACUCUUCAACCACGAUACGAGUGAAUAUGUUGCGGUAUCGACUGCACCUGUAUGCGUGAACUGGCAGAUCUCCACUUCACCCGCUAUGUCUAGUCCGGUCAAUCAAGGUACAGUAUACACUAGCUCAGACAUUGACUACACCAUCAAGGUCGAAGCAACCAAACUUCAACCCUUCACUCAAUACUAUUACAGAUUCAAUGUUUGCAACUCAACCAAUUACAGCGCUGUUGGACGGACAAAGACCAGCCCAGGUCCCAACGACGAAACUACCGCUGUCAAUGUAGCUGUUUACUCGUGCUCCAACUACAACUUUGGCUUCUUCAGUGCUUUCGGCAACUCGGCAAGAAAGAGGUCCGUGGACUUUGUCAUCCACCUGGGUGAUUUCAUCUACGAGUAUGCUGAGGGCGUUUAUGGUUGGGGGUGGUCUAUUGGACGUAUUCCUCAGCCAAAUGCCGAGAUUCGAACGCUCUACGACUAUCGAAAACGUCACGCCAUCUAUAGAGCUGACUUGGACUCGAUAGAGUCUUUCGGUAAUAAUGCGUGGAUCCCAGUUUGGGACGACCACGAGGUCGGCGACAAUACAUACCGUGAUGGCAUGGCUGACCAGAACAACACUGAGGGCAGUUUCGCUCAAUAUGACAUCAACUUUGGUGGCGCUGGUAUCGCCUUUGACCAAAGGAAGAUGAAUGCGGUUCGAGCUUACUUUGAAUGGAUGCCGAUCCGCCAGGUCGACAUGGAUGACAACCUUCGAAUCUGGCGAUCGUUCAGUAUUGGCAAACUCUUCGAUCUGAUGAUGCUUGACACAAGAAAUUACGAUCGAUCGAUCACGGAUCUCUACUGGAACACUGACUAUAUUCAUGCUAUCUCAAACGAUGCGGGCCGCUCGAUGAUGGGUAGUCGACAGGAGAAUUGGCUAUACAACUCACUCAGUGCUUCGAAAGACCGGGGUGCGCACUGGCGUAUCAUUGGCUCACAGACAAUUUUCUCGAGAAUGAAUCUCUCCAUUGGGCUUGGUAACGAGAAUCCUCUAAACUAUGAUCAGUGGGAUGGCUAUCAGGCCAAUCGAAACAGGACCUUCCAACAUCUUUACGAUAAUAACAUUGGCAAUAACAUUAUGUUGUCAGGAGACAGCCAUGCUUCGUGGGUCUCCGACCUUGUUUGGCUUGACAAUCAUGCAUACAACGAGAGCACUGGUGCAGGUAGCAUUGGAGUCGAGUUUGCUGGCAGUGCAGUAUCAUCUCCUUGUCCCUUCGGCCAGAAUAUUACCCAGGUCAGAGCCAACAACAUCUCAACCUGGCUCGUCAAUGCGAACAGAGAGCUUCAGUGGCAGGAUUUGUACUACAGAGGCUAUUACGAGCUGAACAUCAGUCCUCAGCAAGUUGUCGCUAAAUACUUUGGCAUCCCAUCUGUUGUCCAGCGCCUACCCUACGAAGUCAGCUUGGCCAACUUCACGGUCAGAAGUGGCGCCAAUGCCGUACAAAGACCCGUCGCAGGCGGUAUUGUCGAGUCGGGAGCUCUCAAAUUCGGACAGACCAGGAUGACUAACAUCAGUAACAACACGCUUACCGGACAGUACUUGAUCACGAACUUGGAGACUUUUGGAUAUCGACAGGGUCCGAACGGAAGUACUCCAGGAAAUACUGGACAGCCACAAGCCAGCUCUGCUAGUGGACCUGUGGUACCUGGUGUCACGAGUUCGGUCGCGUGA